ACAGACAGUUGUGGCUGAAGAGCAGUGAGCGAAGGUGAUAGGAGGAGGGAGGUCAUGUUAAAGCUGUGGCGAUUGUUAGAAGCAGGUUGGAUUUUCCCCUCUGUACGUGCUUAUGAGAAGCCUCGGAGGGGAUGACACGGGAGAGUGAACGAUUUGUUCUUAAUAGGACUGCUCUGGUUGAACGGCUGCUGGAAGGAACACGAGGCAGAGAACAGUCAGGAGGCAGCUGCAGUGGAGCAGGCUGGCAAAGCUGGGGGUCUGGCUGGGCUGGUGUCCAUGGACAUGCAGAGAGGUGAACAUGCUCAAGAUACAUGUACAGCAUAGAUCGGCCUAACCGUGGGCACAAGCCCAGACUAACAUUUAGAGUCCAUGUACCAGAGGGGGAACCAGAAAGAGGGACUCCCAAAGUCUCCAGACGAGGAGGAAGAAAGUUGGGACUAUAAAGUCGUGGAAAGCAGAAAGGACGGAGCGGACAGUGUGUGAAAUGCUACCGGAUGUACAAGGGGGACCCUGAAACAAAUCAGAAGGAGGAGUUCAUUAAAAUUGGCAAGAUGACAGUCAUUUGUGACUUUGGCCAGAAAGCUUUUGAUGGAAAAACGAGGAGAAAUAUGAUUCGACUGGACUGAAAGAAGAAUGGUGUGAAGGAAGGAGGUGGUUUGUACAGAAACUCCUCGAAAGUUUAGCUGAGAGGGAGCCUAGAGCAGGGACUGGAGGGGCAAGUUAGGAUGAGUAAGAGACAAUUACAGAAAGCAACAAAAGGAAAACUGCUAAUAAUAAUAUUUCUGGUAACCUUGUGGGGGAAAGUUGUAUCCAGUGGCAACCAUCAUAAAGCUCACCAUGUUAAAACGGGAACUUGUGAGGUGGUGGCACUCCACAGAUGCUGCAACAAGAACAAGAUAGAAGAACGGUCGCAGACGGUCAAGUGUUCCUGCUUCCCCGGGCAGGUGGCCGGCACCACGCGGGCUGCUCCGUCCUGCGUGGAUGCCUCCAUAGUGGAGCAGAAAUGGUGGUGUCACAUGCAGCCGUGUCUAGAAGGGGAGGAGUGCAAAGUUCUUCCAGACCGGAAAGGGUGGAGCUGUUCUUCUGGGAAUAAAGUGAAAACCACUAGGGUAACCCAUUAACUAAGGCUAAGUCAGGUGCCCCUCAAGGCUGAUUACAUGGGACGUAUGCACAGAAACUUAACUCCUGAAGUGACCUGCAGGAAGAUUUUUAUACUGCUCGGGAGACGCACUCCAGAGUCUAUUUCUAAAGGAUUUCUCUGGACUCUUUCUUGAAAUCAAGACUUUCAAAAAAGAUAUGAACUUCUAUGUCAUGAAGAUUUAAUAUUCAAACUGUGUUCAACUUGUAAAAUUGCCACAAGAAUUUGAACUUGGCAUCCUCAGAGGUGGUGAAGAGUUGUUUUUUCCAGGGUGAGGUUAGAGACAGUCACCUUUUGGAUUAUCGGCUCCAGAUGUGACGACUGUUCUUCUUUCUGAAAGCUGUCUCCCGAUUGCGCUGUUCUCCCAUCAUGGACGUGUUCCUGGGCCCCGUGUUCCUUGGCUAGUGCAACUACACACAACUUCAAUGACAAUUUUUUUUUUUCCUGAGAACUUCUUUGGCAUGGUAGACUGAGACAAUUUUAAUUAUAUUCUAAUACUGGAGCUCGGAAGGCCUACAUGUUUUAACAUCUUAAAUUUGCUUUUGUUAAAGGAAUGGAAAUAUAUAUCCACGUGUAAUAACUAUUGUUGGCAAGUAAUAGCUAUCUGAGUAAAUCAGUCAUAUAAGAAUAUAUAGACAAGCUGACAUAUCUCCCCCAGGCUAACAGCGCCCUCCUGCAGCUCUUUGUCAGUUAGAUAGGUAGUAGUUAGACCUGGAUUGCCAUUUCAUUAUAUAAUACUUUUAUCUCUCCAGCACACUCCAUUUCAGUUUUUUUUUUUUUAAGUAGGCUUUUUCUUUAAUUUUUUUAUGUUUACUUUUUCCUUUCACAGAAAUCAGCAGUGAACAGUCAUAUUAUUUGGUCGCCUUCAGUUUCAAAAACUUGCCAGGGUGGCAGGUCAGUUUCUGGUUUCUUAGCUUGAAUGUUACUGAGAUUUCUUCUGGUGUUUCUGUUUUUAAACUGUCCUUUCUAUCUCAUUUUAAAAGACUGUCUCUUCCUCAGCCCCAGUGACUGUUUGAAUGCUUACAUAUUUGUUCAGCCUGUUGGUAGGAAAAAUUGUUCAUUUGUUUUGGCCUCAAAUUUAUAAAUAUUUGCUUAUAGUUGUCUCAUUCAAAUAAUUUCUUAGGCCAGUAUUUUGUCCACAUUUUUGUAGCCAUUUUAACAUUUGUGGUUUUCAGUGCUACAGGAAAGUCAUAAAUAUUUAAAGGCCUUAAACAUGUAUGUACUUUUUCCCCUAAGUUAUUACAGAAUGUAUUAUUUUAUACUACAUUUAUGUUGUUUGAUUUGUGAUGUGAAGGGAGAGAAGAAUGGAAAUUUCAUAGCCAUUCGUAAUAAUAUUGUGUGAACUUAUAAUUUGAGGGAACAUAAAGGGGUAGACGCCUGUGUUUUACUCAUUUUAGACUGUUCAGAAGAUGUUUCAGAAAUUGUCCUAUUAGAAGUUCUGUUAUGUAGAGAAGAUGUGGAAAUAUUUUGUUAUUUUAAAAACUCACUGACAUGGCCAGUUAGGCACCGGUUUUUCCCAUAAUGGAGGCUCACAGGUCCUAAAGAGCUUUAGUUCUUAGUUUGUAACAAUAUUCAAAACCCAGUAUGUUACUCAGACUCUUUUUCUUGGGAAGAACAAUUAAAAGUAUAAACUUUGUUAAAAAUUAAACUUAAAAAGCAUACUUCUGACAUCGACCUACAAGUCUGCUGCCUCAUAAGUACAUGAAAUGAAAUGUUUUCCUUCUCCGUUUUAAUUAUGCUCACAGCUAAUUAGAUGGCUCCGAGUGGAUUUUCACAAUGCCUCGACUACAUGAAAUCAUAAAGAAAAGACUAACAAUUGUGCUGGAGUUUUUGCAUCAAUUAGAAUAGCAUUAGUUUUUCUUUACAACAAAGAUGAAAACUACUUUAUUUUAGAAAUUAUGAAUUUGUCCUAGGUUUGUUUGAAUCAUAAUGCUUCUCAUUUUUAAAACAAUGUCCUCUAAAAAACACUGGAAAUUCUGUAUAAUAUACAAGUGUAAUACAUGCAUAUUAAUAGAGAAAAAUACAUGAAAUUUCAAAUAUACUAACUAGAUUAUCCCCCAUAAGAUAAUGUUGUGACUAUUCAGAAAAGGUGAAUAAAAUUGGAAUAUAAAAUGAACUGUCUUUCAUAAGUUAUAUUUGGAGAUCUGUUUUCUUGUGUUUUAUUUUAAAAGCACUUCAGUUAUUAUCUAGGAAAGCUUUGAACCCAUGAAGAGGCUGACAUAAAUUCUUCAAUUUUUU